GCCGCCGCCGCCGCCGAAGGUUUCCGAGCGGGGGUCGCGCGGCUCGGGCCGAGCGCUUCCGGAAAUUGCCGAGGGGCUUCGGCCCCUCCUCAGCCGCCGCUCGGGUUCCGCGGCCGAGGCGCUUGGGCGGGUCGGAGCGCAGCGAAGCGCGCCCGUCGCUCCGGCUGCAGCGCGGGGCUCGCCCUCCUCCUCCUUCUCCUCCUCCUCCUCCUCCUCCUCCUGCAGCGCCGGGCGUCGCGGUGACAGAGCGGGGCGAUCGCGGAUGGCGGAGGGCGGCCAGCCCCCGCAGCAGCAGCAGCAGCAGCAGCAGCAGCCGCAGCUCCUGCCCGGCGGCGGCGGGGCCGCCCGCGGCGUGAAACGGGAGCCGGAGCUGGAGCAGCCCAUGCCCGGCGGGGACGGCGCCGAGGGCGGCCACAGCAAGCGGCUGCGAACGGAGGCGGAGGCGGAGGGCGCCGGCAUGCAGAACGAGCCUCUGACUUCAGGUUAUCAUGGAUACCCAGCAAGAGACAAUCAAGGUAACCAGGAGCCAGCAGCAACUCCUGAUGCAAUGGUGCAGCCAUUCACCACAAUCCCAUUUCCGCCACCCCCACAGAACGGGAUUCCCACAGAGUAUGGGGUGCCACACACUCAGGACUAUGCAGGCCAGACCAGCGAGCACAAUCUGACACUCUACGGAAGUACGCAGCCGCAUGGAGAGCAGAGCACGAACACGGCCAGCACGCAGAAUGGAUCUCUUGCACAGACAGAAGGAGGGGCACAGACAGAUGGACAGCAAUCACAGACACAGAGCAGUGAGAAUACUGAGAGCAAAUCCACUCCAAAACGACUUCAUGUGUCUAACAUUCCCUUCCGCUUUCGAGAUCCUGACCUUCGGCAGAUGUUUGGGCAAUUCGGCAAAAUCCUUGAUGUAGAGAUAAUCUUUAAUGAGCGUGGCUCCAAGGGAUUCGGGUUCGUAACUUUCGAGAAUAGUGCUGAUGCAGACAGGGCCAGGGAGAAAUUACACGGCACCGUGGUAGAGGGCCGUAAAAUCGAGGUUAAUAAUGCCACAGCACGAGUGAUGACCAAUAAGAAGAUGGUCACACCUUACGCAAAUGGUUGGAAGUUGAGUCCUGUGGUUGGAGCGGUGUACGGCCCUGAGUUAUAUGCAGCAUCCAGCUUUCAAGCAGAUGUCUCGCUGGGCAAUGACGCCGCAGUGCCCCUGUCAGGAAGGGGGGGUAUUAACACUUACAUUCCUUUAAUCAUUCCAGGCUUCCCAUACCCAACUGCAGCCACCACAGCAGCCGCAUUUCGGGGAGCCCAUCUGAGGGGCCGAGGAAGGACAGUGUAUGGGGCAGUCCGGGCAGUACCUCCCACAGCCAUCCCUGCCUACCCAGGUGUGGUUUACCAGGACGGAUUUUACGGUGCUGACCUCUAUUUGACUGAAGAAAUGUUAACAUCCCGCUCUAAAUCUCUCAGUGGAGUCUCUGUUCCCUUCUCUGAUAUAACAGAUGGGGUGGAUACGCAGCCUACAGAUACGCACAGCCUGCUACUGCAACAGCAGCCACAGCCGCUGCAGCCGCUGCAGCAGCUUACAGCGAUGGUUAUGGCAGGGUGUACACAGCAGAUCCUUACCAUGCCCUUGCCCCUGCCGCUAGCUACGGAGUUGGCGCUGUGGCGAGUUUAUACCGAGGUGGCUACAGCCGAUUUGCCCCCUACUGAAGUGACGUGAGCCCCCUGCAAGUGGGACAGCCCCCCAGUUCAUGAGGCCUGGCUAUUGCAAUAUUUACUAGUAGAGGAACUCUAUAGCAAGACGAGGAGGAAAAACAAAAGAUAAAAUACUUUUUUAUACCUCACUAUGUUCUUUGAAUAUGUAUUUUUUUUCCUUUAAAUUUCUGCCUUUAAUUCUUUUGUUCCAAAGAUUGUGCAUUUUUUGGGGUUUUUUUGUUUUCGUUUUUGGGGGUUUUUUUAACUGUGGUAAAAAUAAUGCAUUUCCGUGUCUGUAUGUUGGUGCAUAGCUUAUCCUACCAAUCACGGAAAAGGCGAUAAGUGAUAAGGAAAGCUGUUAGAAAUAUCAUGCAAUUAAUCAGGAACACGCAGACAGAGUUUCUUCUUUAGGUCUGGUGCUUGGUGCCUGUGAGACAGGAGGACAUGAGGGUGAAGUCUCCAUCUGCUAUGUUUCCGGUCUGCAGAAGUAAGCACUCACUGGCUGUGGCUGAGACCUUAAUGCUGGUGGGAAGUAGUCAUUUAUGUUCAAAAAAGGGGGAAAUGCAGAGACUUUCCUCAUUUUUAUCACCAUUUCACAUGUGCAUGAUUGGGGCAAUUUCAGCAGUGUCAGGAUUAUAGACUUGGCAAGAGAAGAUAUCCUCAGCCCACCCAAGGAGCUGGACUGUUGUCUGCUGUGUAGAGGACAAGACUUUGAAAGGAUUUUUUUAUGAGGAUGAUUUUUUCCUCAUCCCACACAACUAAUUAUAGCUGACUGUUGUCCGUUGCUGGUGGCUGUAAUUAUCUUAGUUUUCCUUUCCUCCUUAUCAAGAUCCUUCUCCUAUGUUAUCCCUUUCCUCCCUUUCUUUCCCUUGGAGUGGCAGGUGCAAUGCAGCAGUACCUCUUUUGCAGACAGCAUGCGGUUAAACUUGCAGAAGCGAAGCACAUGCAGCUUUGCAGAGGAAGAAAACUAGCAGAACUGUGCAUCAGUGCCAGGCUUGGAUGCUCCAGCAUGCAAGGUCUCUGCUUCUGUUCAUUCUGAGCUGCUUAAACACUUCUGCAAGUAAUCGGUUUCAAAUAACAUGAGUGAGGAAAAACAAGUCAUAUAUAAGCUGCCUGAGGCAAGGGGCAAGCGUGUGGAUUUGUGUAGGGCAAGAGGGUCUUUCGUAUCUGAACAUGAUCCUGAAGUAGUUUUGUUUUGGUCAGAAACUGAAGGGGAGGCAGAAGCAGUUUGUACAAGCUCUGAAUUCAUAGGAACUUCCCACAACAAGCUAUUUCAGGCCCUUACGUAGUUGUGUUGGUCUGUUUUGCCCAGCCUUACAAAAAGUCAUGCAUCUGGUCUGCUGAGUCCAGAAAGACACUACAUAUUAGAAGAUCUGGAAGCAGAGAGACUAUUUAGGGGAAGGCUCCAUGACUCCCAUGACUAUCUCCCUUCUGUUCCCACAUGAAGUGAUUUCACUGUAUUUCAAAGUGAGCAUUUUUAGAGGACUGUGUGAGCUGUGCUGUGAUGGGGAGUUCUGCUCAUCUGCUGGCUCCUAAAGUGCUCCCAGUGAUCAGAGGCAAGCUCUCUAAACACGUUGGAGAAAUGCAGAAGCACAGUUUUGCUAGGCUGCCUCUACUCCCUCAGUUGGUACUGGGGAGAGCUCACUGACCCCGAGAAGGGCUGCUUGGAAUGUGUGUUUGUUGAUAGAGCCUUUCCAACUCCUGUCAUAUACCUGCUUCUCUAUCCACUGCUGAUACCAGAAUAGGAAACCUCCUGCCUUUAACACUAAGCAAUGUCAACAAGUAGAACUCCCAAGGAGGCUCAGCCACACACAACCUUUUGUUUUGCUCUUCCCCAGCAAUACACAGCCUCUCUGUGCGCAGCAGAGAGAAGGCACCUCAAAUGGGAAGGAUGGGGAAGCCAUUAGUUAAGCUAGAGACCCUGAAGCUAUUGAUUCUUUGGAGGAAUAGCUAGAUAAAGGGGACACCAAACUGCCAGCCUGUUAGCCACCUUUUACUUUUGUUUUCUGGUUUUAUUGUUGGUUUUUAACUUUUUUUUUCCAAGCCAAAGUUUGGUUUGUUGCUGUUAUGACAAUUUUUUUUGUUGUUUGUAUAUAAAUAUUUUAGUUAGCUUGAAAAUGGGGAGGGGGGGGACAGGGUGUUGGGGCUUUCACAAAAUCUAGGAAAUAAGGGGGGACUCGGGGUGUUUGAGGGCUUUUACUGCCUGUGUUGGAACAGGGGGGACUUGUGGUAGAAAUAGUCAUAUUCAAGGGGAGCCAUUUCCACCUCAGGGCAGCCAGGGGACUUCCGGAGCUGAGAAGCAGCAAAAGCCUCUGCUGGACUAGUUCUGCCCACUUGUGGGGCAGAGGGGUUGAGAGAGGCAGUCCUUCCCCUUAUCCACAGGCAGUUCCUCAAGCAGCGGGUCUGCAGGCUGCGAGUGAGAGGAAUGCAGCUUGCAGAGCCUGGCAGGGGCAGCUGCUCGCCCCUCUGCCCCUUUCCUACAUUUCAGUUCAGCUGGUUCUGACUGCAGCUCCCAAAAAGCUCCUCCCUGAGUGCCCUCCCCUGUCCUGGCAGUGCCACCUGCAAUCCCCCCACCAUCACUUGGCCUCUCUGGGAGUAGGGAGGCCAGCCCUGUUUCUGCCUCUGAGCAGAGUCUAUGCAUGGCAGCUUCGGCCCACUCUGAGUAUAUUAGGAUUAUGAGGGGUUUAGUGCAGAAGCGCCCAACCUUUGUGGGGCUGUGGUCCCCUGCUGUAUAAUCACCGAGUAAUAGUUGUUCUAGAUCAUCCAGCCUGAUUCCUCCUGUAUUUGAGCCUGGCCUGGCCUGCCUCGGUUGCUCUUUGCUGGUCUCUUGGUGCAUUAACCAACCGGUGUCUUGUCUGCUCCGUAGUUAAUGCUGCAAGAUCCCCACUGAGGCAGUAUGGUGGUAGUCCAGCUUCUUGGUUUCAGCAGUGAGCUGCAGAGGGGAUGCCAGGGAGCUUGCAGUACUGAGGUGCAGAGGUAGCUUGCUGGUUGCACGUCUCCAGAGCACCAGACCUCCCAAAAACUUGCAAGCCAGCUUCAGUUUUGCAGUGAGGUUUCUCAAGUGAAUGUUGUGCUGUGACUGGGAAGCUAUUCAGCCUUCCCUCCCUCUUGGCAAACAGCAGCACUGAUUUCACUCGUGUAUAUGAACUACUCAAGAUGCAUUCAGAGUAGCCAAGCUGUGGCUAUAUCCAUCUUUUGAAAACGUGAGGACAAAGCCUAUAUCUCCCUAUGCAAAAUGAAUUACACUUAAUGAAUUAAAAUGGGUCCUGGCUCGUUUGACUAAUGGCAGCUAGUGCUUGUCUCUUAGGUUUGCAGUCACAGGUCCCUCGCAAAGCAGGGCUUGGCUUUCCAAGGGAAACCACACAGACAUUCUGGCAAGUAGCUUGCUGUUUGUCACCUUCUAGUCUGGUGACACCCAGGAUUCUCUUGAUGUAGAGGAAAAGAUGUUUCCUAAAAUGUUACUGUUUGUACUGUCUUGCAAUUGAUCUAGCCAGCACAUGGUGUUAUACUGAUAAAAUUCUGGAUUGAAAGGUUGAUUUAUUUAUUGUGCUGGUCUGUUUUUCCUUGUGGGUACAGUUGUGCCUGGUACAAAGAUGACUUCUACUGGUAUAGCAUAUUCUCCACUGGGAAUGAGUUAUAUUGAUGCCCAGCACGUUAACAAACUGUUGUCACUGCCCCUGCAUUAGGGAGGCUGCACUGUUGUUGGUGGGUUAACUUUUCUAAGAAAAGCCACGACAAGACCUGGAGACAGCGAGGAGGUCAGUAUGCGCCUGCUAUAGCCAGCUAUUCCCAGGUUAAGCAGUUACAUGGAUCCUAUGUCAUGAGUUCAGAUAGACAAAGCCAUGCUUUAAAAUAGCUGUGGCUUGGCUGUUUUAGUGCCUGAGAGAGAGCAGAUUUGCCCAGUAAGAAAUAACGUGAGCUCAGGAAUCAGAGACCUGUGUUUUGGGCAGGGCUCCGUCCAUGAUCCUCAAGGAUCAUCAUGGAGCAGUCGUGUUGCUACUCUAGACUUUGCUUCCCCAUCCCCAAAGUGAAGGUAAUAGUUUAUCCCCUGUUCUCACCAUUUUGAGAUCUGUGGAUGUGAAGUGCACAGCAAGAGCUGAGGAGUGUCAUCUAAAUAGCUGGCUCGCAUGUUAGUUGUGAAACGGUUAAUGAAACCAUUUCCUUGCCUGAAAAGAGAUGCUGAAUGCUGGGUUUGCAAUUCCAGCACCCAGAGCUUCAGCAGUGGGGAAUACAAAGCAGAACCUCCCGUUUCCUACCUAUGUUUUUCCCCAGCCCAUUCCUAUCUGUUUCUUCCCCAUCCUGGCCCCAAAGGAGGCAGGUGGAGAACAGGUUUGGGGGAGCACUUAAGAAUUUAAUAAAGGGAAAACCAAACAACAGCUCUGGGGAGUGCUUUUGCUGAGUCUAGCUCCGAAGGGAAAGCACACAGGCGAGCAUGGCAGAUGGCCUGCUGCCUGUGACCCUCCAACCUGGCAGGGUCAGGGGAAUGCUGUCCUUGGUGCAGGGGGGUGAUUUUUAAAGUGUGUUACCUGUUUGCACUGUUUUGAAAUAGGAGGGGGGGGAACCCAACCUAGUGAACAAGAUGAACAUCCAAUGUAAACUUCGUGUUUUUAUUUUGUCAUGCUCUUGGAAAAUGUCAAACAUUUUGUAGUAUACACCAGUGAGACUUGAUUCUUUGUUGCAUAAAACACUAUUUUUGGUGAUGUUAAUGUCUGAAAAGCCCCUUCCCUCCACCCACCUUACUGAUUGCCCUCUCUGCCCUCCAGCCCUGGUAAACUUCUCUUCUACGAUGAAAACUCCAGUCAACAAGGCAAGCAGGAAUCUGAUAGAGCAUGAAAUGGGGCCCUUUUCAAGUAGGCUCUAGGGCUUUUCCCUGGUAUGCUUUCCUCUAGCCAGGAGUUGGCAGGAUAGCCCUCGUCCCUCUGUAGCGCAUGCAUCAAUGGCAGCCUCAGCAGGGCUUGGGAUGUCCAAGUCCUGUCUCCAUUGCCACUGCUAACCCUGAAAGGCAAAUUCUUGCUGGUGGUUGAAAGCACCUCCAGCGAUUUUCCUCUCUGGGUUAUUGGCUGCAGCUGGUCCAGGCUUGGAGACAAGCUUCCCAUGCUGCCUCUGGACUCGUGGUAGAGCAAGAACCCAUCAGCCAAAAAUCUUGCCUGAUUUUGCCAGGAGACUGCUGGUGUCUAAAGCCGUCCACUUGAAUAUUCAUUUGACUGGCAGCAAAAUGCCGGUUAAUCUUAGGAAUGCUUUAUUUUUUUUAAGUUCUUUUAUUUUUCUGAAGUGGGUCAAUAAAUCUCUUGCCAGAUUCCCAGUUUUUCUCUGGUGGAGGAGCUUGUUGCUUCCCCAAGGAGUGAGUUCCUUACAGAAGUCAGGCCUUCCACAUAAGUAGUCUCAGUUUUGGUCAUGUUUUUCUAUUUUUUUCUGUUCACAGUAUUUUGUGUGUGCGCGUGUGUUGUAGUUUUGGCAGCUUAAUUUGGCUGCAUUAUCAAGUGACGAAAUAAUCCUCUUUUACCCCAGGGGAUAUGAUUUGGUUUUGGAUUUUUUUUUUGAUUAUUUUUUUUUAUAUGAUCAAUCCUGCUUGUAAAUAGCUGGAGCUAAAACCUGGGGCUGAUAGCGAAUGAGAACCAGGGCUGUAGAGAGAUACGGAGCUGGUGGAGUGUUUUACUGACCUCACAGGCUGAUCUACUUGAGACUUGGAGAUUUUCAGUGCAAGGCUGAGAUGCCACAGCACCUCCAAUGGCAGUGACGGACUUGCCCCUUCACGCGGUCUCCCCAGCACCUCCCAUUGCCAGGUACCGCCAGGGAACAGGAUGUGUCCUGACUGGGAUGCAUUCCGUUCUCCUGGAUCAUUUCCUAGGACGCCCGAGCCGCUUGCCCAGGGUCCCAUUUCCCUGCUGACUCUGGAGAAGCAGUAUCUGCAUCCCAGGGCUUUGUGACAGCCUCUAACUUCCCGCCCUCCCUCGUUAAGUAUCAUAUUGUAUAGUAGCUUUCAGACCAUACAGUAUUCAUUGGGUUAUUCCUAUUAUUAUCAAGUAGCUGGAAUUGUGAAGGUCAGAGUAGUUAGAUCUUUAGCUUUUAUUCCUUUUUUUGUAUUACUAUCCAUGUGUAUAAAUUAUUGAUCAUGUUGCUGGCUUUUAUAAACUCUAAGCAAGGGGGGAAACCCUUCCUAACCCUUUGCAAAUGGUAAUGAAGCACUGUUUUUAAAUAAAAAAGAAACACCAGUC